ACCUUCUCAACAGUCCUUUAAUUGGUGAAAUCAUUGCUAUCUUUAUUCGUCAUACAUAUCGACAAGACACCAAGUGGGAUCAGUCAAGAUGCCCUGGAAGCCGAAUGCCCGCAUGUUGCGGGACAUGUCCGCACGCCAAUCAGUGCAGGCAAACGAGCUAGUAAGGCGGGCCUACAAGUACAUCGCUCGUAACACUACGCUGUCGCAGCGAGUGCGGCAUCAGGCGCAGCUGCAGCUCAACCAGUUUCCAAGCAAGAGUCGACCAGCAGCCGUGCGGAAUCGUUGUGUAGAGACGGGAAGAGGCAGGGCUAUUAUCAAUGAGUUCGGACUUUGUCGAUACGAGUUUCGACUUCAAGCUCUCGCCAAGCAACUACCAGGCGUCCGAAAGGCAUCCUGGUGAUCACAUAACCUUCCUCGCCCUCUCUCGCACGGGCUAGUUGUAUUUUUAGCGCACUCGCAACCAAGCAGCUUUUGACGUUGUCUUAA